GUUUUCCGUGGUUCUGUCCUUGUUUACUACCGGGAAUUUAAAAUGGUUGAAGAUGCCAAAUUUCUGAAAAGAUGUGCAUCCAACUGAAAAGGCACUUGUUGUGCACUAUGAAACGGAGGCUACAAUUCUUGGGGAAUUAGGAAAUCCAAUGGUUGGGGAUCGAAAGGAAAGUCAAAAAAUAAUUCGGGUUAGAAAUCUGAAUGAAAACACAAAUAUCCCUGAGCUGGCCAAAAAGAUCAUCUCAAGCUGCAAACUGAUAUCGGAAAACAAAUAUCCACAAGUUGAACACUUGCUAAAGUAUUUGCUGAAAAGAAAAGAGACAAAGAAAGUUAAAAAUCAAAAACCAUCAAUGAUAUCAGAAACACUUGCUGAUCCCGGAGCGUUUGAUUCAACUGAAAUAAAUGAAAUUGCUCAUUUGACUGAACUAGAGGAUUAUUUAGAACUACUCUAUGAAGGUAUAUCAGAAAAGCUACGUGCAUCGGCUUUAAUUUUACAACUUGCGAGAAAUUCCGACAAUUUAGAGGAGCUGUUUCAAAAUGAAACCCUUGUUGGUGCUUUGGCAAGAGUUCUGCGUGAAGACUGGAAAAAGAGCACAGAUUUAGCAACAAACAUAGCCUAUAUAUUCUUCUGUUUUUCUUCCUUCUCAAAUUUCCACGGGGUAAUAUUGCACUUCAAAAUUGGUGCAUUAAUUAUGACCAUCAUUGACCAUGAAUUAAAGAAAUAUGACUUAUGGGUUGAAGAACUAGAAAGAAAACACAAAUUAUCGAACAAUAAAUCUGAGACAAGUUUGACAACGGAUGGUAAAUCUUUGGUGGAUGAAGCACAAAAUAAUUAUGAGACAAGCUUUUUGAAGUAUAAAUCACUAGUCAGGAAACAAGAACAGUUGUUUAGGGUUUCCUUUUACUUACUUCUGAAUAUCAGUGAAGACAUUAAUGUUGAAAUUAAAAUGCACAAUAAAGGAAUAGUUAGUAUGAUUUGUAAAUGUUUGAACCGAGAUAAUUUCGAGCUGUUAAUACUACUUGUCUCAUUUUUGAAAAAAUUGAGUAUAUUCUCUGAGAACAAGGAUGAAAUGUUAAAAAACGGUAUAAUUGACAGAUUAUCCAAAAUAUUAUGUAGACCAGAAGAGGAUCUCGUUAACUUGUGUUUACGUUUGUUAUAUAACCUUAGUUUCGAUACAUCGGCUAGACUAGAAAUGGUGUCCAAAGGUGUUUUAAAUAAAAUUGUAGGAUUAUUAGAAAAUACUCAACAUCAACCAGUAGCUUUGUACAUACUAUACCAUUUAACAACAGAAGCUCAAUCCAGACCGGCGUUUGUCAAUACACAUUGUUUAUCAUUUCUUAAGAAAUUAAUACUGGAAAAUCCUGAAGAGAAAUCUGAUUUAAUCCCGAUGGCUCUAGGUAUUAACUUGGUAUUAGAUAAUCAAUGUGCAAAUGCUAUGCUUGGUGAAGGUCGAUGUUUUAAACUGAUGAGUAAGCGUGCAAUAAAAUUCCGUGAUCAAUUAAUCAUGAAGUUACUACGUAAUGCAACACAGAACAAUGAUUUAUUAAAACUAAAGAUGGUAGAUUUCCUGCCAGAACUAUUAAAAAUCGUGACUGAAGAAAAACCUUUUUUGAUGAAUACACCAAGAAAUCUUUAUUCUUCUACAAAAGCAACCCGAUAUGAUAAAUUGAAGGUAAGUAGUAAAAAGCAAUUGAACAUUGAGGCACUGAACUCCAAAACCAACCAGAAUAACACUUCAAGUUUAUUAGAAAACCGCUUAAAAAUGAAAAUUCACAAAACUGACGACGUUAUUAAUGGUGUUUGUAAUGAAGAUGAUGAUAACGACAACGAAAAAGAUGAUGAUGAUGAUGAUGAUGACGAAAAUGAAGUUAGGAAAAAAGAAGACUUCAAGUUUGAAUGUUUAGGAUGUUUAGCUAACCUCAAUCUUAAGGAUAUUCAGUACAGUAAGGUAAUCACUGAAUUCAGUUUGCUGAAAUGGAUCAAAAGCCAACUGGAGAGCGUACAUGUUCAGAAAUCAAAUGAUUUUUUAAGUACAACUUCCGAAGUUAACAACGGUUUUGGACCAAUUUUUUCAUCACCAAUGCCUCCCAAUCACCUAGAAGAUGAUGAAAUUUUAGAAAUUGUACGAAUGCUUAGUGCCAUAUGCCAAGAUCCUGAUGCAGGUAAAAUGGUGAUUGAAGCUGGAGUCGUACACAACUUGAUCGGUUUAUUGAACGUUAAACAGGAGGAUGACGAAAUUGUUUUUCAAAUCGUCUAUACAUUUUUUCAGUUAACUUUUCAUGAAUCAACAAGAAAUUUGUUAGUAAAAACGACACAAGCCGUUGCUUAUCUUGUCGAUUUGAUGCAUGAUAAAAAUGCUGAUAUUCGAAAACUUUGUGAUAUUACCUUGGAUAUUGUUUGUGAAUAUGAAUCUGAUUGGAGAAUAAGGAUUCAAACAGAACGUUUUCGUUGGCAUAACAGCCAAUGGUUAGAAAUGAUUGAUACAGCAACCAAACCUAGUCUUCUUGAUAAUUCAGACUCAACAACUGAGGCAGCAUUAGCAGCUGUCCUUGGUGUCGGUCAUGCUCGAUCUCAAUAUCAUUCCAAUUUAUUAACUGAUGAUGAUUUAAAUAAUAUUGUUAAUGGAGACGAUAACGAUAAUCGUGGUUACUUUGGAAUGGGAUUGGACAUUGAUGAUGCAGCAGCAUUUCUAAUGUCACUAUCAUCAAAUAAUGAGGGACGUAAGCGAUCAUCAGGAAGUGAAAAUAUUUUACACAUACCAUUUGAAAACAAUAACUAUAUGAACCACUUGAACAUGUUGUGUCCAGAUAUGUACGGUGGUGUAAACUUUUUAUCUAAUGAAAGAGUGAGUCCGGGAAUGACGGUUAACAGUCACUAUGACUCAGAUUCAGAUACUACUCAAAAAGGGAGUGGUUCACGGUCGGGCUGUAUUUCUGCGGUACGAAUACUGUUUGGGUUUUGUGUAAACUAAACAUUAUUAAUAUCCUUAUGUUAAGCAAUAUCUUUGUUAAGAGCAAACCUUUAAAUUUUGACAAAGUGUAGAAGAUAUACAGAAUAUACCGGGACAUAAGUAAUUCUGAUUUUUACAAAUAUCAUGGGCCGGCCAUAAAGCGCUGUUGUUCUCAUUAACUGAAAACUGUUUAGUUUUACUCACUAUUUCCUGUUGUCAAUAGUUUUAACUCUGUAAUUAAUCAGAGUAACGGAAAGAUCGAUUGACAAGUGCUCACAUUCUAAACAGAAUGCCGGGUCAUUUUUCGCCAUAUAUUUAUCGAUUGUUCAAUGUUUUCGUCUGUUAAUUGGAACUUUGUGAAGUCAUUGACAGAAUAGGAUUAACAGUGAGGAAGUAUAACAUUCGACUAUCAUACGAAGGACUAUUGUUUAUAUUUCUGUUAUAUGAUUAGUAGAUGUUUAGACUGUUAUAUUUCUACACUCUACUACUUUGAAGCUUUCUUUUGAUUCAUAAAUCAUUAUAUGCCUGUUAUUCCAGAUUUGUCGUUCAUUAAUCACUCUUCUUAUUACGCCUGUCUUGCAUCACUUAUAACUAAUUUAUGUAUACAUAGUACUUUCAGUCAUGUUACUGUGUGUUCAGACAUUUUGAGUAUAUUACUGUAUGAGUUUCAAAUCAUGAUUAAAUUGAGUACAAUACAGGGCUGAUCUGCUUUU